AUGCAAGAAGAGCAACAAAUCAUCAGUGAGAAUCAAAAUUCAGACAGUAUUGUCCAAUAAACCUAAAGUUAAGACUAUGAAAGCUAACAAUAGACUGAAGUUCUGAUCACGGAUAAUAAAAAUACAGGAGCUAAUACCUCAACUUAAGAGGUAGCUAUGAAUGAUCAGACUCAACAUAAUGAAGACUCAGUGCUCUCACAGGAGGAGCAGCUCUCUGAAGAAGCCAAAGAGAAAAUAAGAGAGGAAAACAAAUGGAAAAACUUUGUGCCAACUGAGCAAAAGAGACCGAUUGAUGAGUUUUUCGACUUGAAAUCUAUCUCACCUAUUAGGGAGGAGAGAAUUCCUGAGAAUAAUGAGAUAGUGAAAUAUGUAAUUGAGGAUGGCAAGGGUAGUUUCAUCGGAUUGCAGGAUGAAGUAUUCUACAAGCAUGAGACAAGAUUCGACAAUGGCCAACUUGUGGAUUUUUCAGAGAAAAGAAAUGCUAUUGAUAAAUUCGUGAUGAGCGAUUCCAGAUUCCAUGACUUCUACAAGCUUAUUUUCAAAACUAUGAGGAAGGGAGAGAUUGCUUGGGGAAAGUUUCCUAAAUCCUCUCACAAUGGAAUCUACCAUUCUUCAACUCAUUUCUAAAAUAAGCCAGAAGAAAUAAAGGCUUAAAUCGGUGAUGAUGUCUACAUCAAAUUUUCAAUAAACAACAUAAAGAGGAACAAUCAGUGCCCAAAUUCUAAUUCUUUUGAAUGCCUAGAGGAAUAUCUCGGAUAAAUCAGGAGCAUUUGCAAGGAAUUAAUGGAUGAUGGGGAGUACCCUAACGCCCAAAAUCUUUACUCAAGAGUUUAUGCCUCAUACAAGAAUAUGUCUAAAGUUUUAAAAGAUUCAUUAACUGAAGAAUAGAAGUAGAAAAGAGAUGAGGCAUUGCAUCUCUUGAGCCUGAAUCUAUCUAUAACUCACUUUAAAAGAAACAACUUCAAGGAUUCUAUCAAGCAUGCCAAGGAAGCACUUGAAUACAACAAAGAAAACCCCAAAGCAUACUUUAGAUUAGCCAUGUCUUUCAAAGGUAAUGGCUAGCUUGAAGAGGCAAAAGAGCAAUUAGUAACUGCUAUUAAACUAGCCCCUUCAGAUAAGAGCUUGAGAGAUGAGUAUAAGUAGAUCACAGACUAAAUGAUGACUAAGGAAAAGGAAUGGUACUCUAAGAUGAAUGGAUUUUACAGUUCCAAGAAGAUGUCCGACAUUGAGCAGAAAGACUAUGAAGAACAAAUUCUUAAAUAAAAGUUAACUAAAAAGCAUUUCCAAGAUCAAUGA